AUGGGUGUUCAGAAAAAGACACGCAAGUUUGCGCUGGCUAAGAGAGCCAUUUCUAUGCGUGAUAAUCGCCUGAAGCAAAACCAAGACAAGGCAGAGGCGCAGAAAGCCAAAACCACAAAAGAUGACCUUGUCAGAGAGGCUCCACAGGCUCCUUCGUCUAUGUUCUUUCAAUACAAUACUGCCCUUGCGCCACCCUACUCAGUAUUGGUGGACACCAAUUUUAUUUCCCACACGAUUCAGCACAAAUUGGAGGUGAUUCCCACAAUGAUGGAUUGUCUCUAUGCGAAAUGCAUACCUAUCGUGACCGAUUGCGUACUGGCAGAACUCGAGAAGCUUGGGCCAAAAUACCGGCUUGCUCUGCGUGUAGCCAAGGACCCCCGGUUUGAGAGAGUCAAAUGUGACCACAAGGGAACAUAUGCCGAUGAUUGUCUGGUGGAUCGUCUCAUCAAACAUCGUGUCUACAUUGUGGCUACAAACGAUCGUGAUCUCAAAAGACGAAUUCGUAAGAUUCCAGGUGCACCAAUAAUGAGUGUUGCUCGUGGAAAAUACGUCAUUGAGCGACUUCCCGAUGCCCCAGAGAAAUGA